AUGACCAUUUUGUUGUCAUUGUUCAUUAUUAUUGCUAACAAACCUAAUCAAAAUUAGUACAUAGUUUUGAUUGACACUGAUUCAGAGACAGCAAGCAAAAAAAUUAACUGCACUUAUCAAUAAUUAAAUGGACAUUAUAAUCAUGCUGAUUCUAGCUUAGCCUUAUUUCAUAAUCCCUAAAAUGUUGUGCAUAUUGUAGUACAGGACCAGACAUUGCAGAUAAAAGAAGAAUAUUUAGAAUGUGCUUUAUUUCAGUUACACGAAAAUCAUUUGGGUUCAGUCAUUGUAAUACCCAUAAAUUCUGUCUAAGGGUUCAGUCAAAAGAUUACUGGAAUGUUGUAAGUGAUCAGCGAGAAAUAUGAAAUAUUAAUCUACAUAGCUUAGCAUCCAAUGAAUUAUUCGAGUAACCAAAUAAAUGAAAAAAUUACCUCUGUAAGAAGGGAAGAACUGGUUUCUUCUUCUGAGCUUUCAGUUCGUUUAGGAAUAAGAACUAUUCUUUGA